AUGGACGACGACACGCGCAGCAACAGCGGCAACACCCUCCGUCCCUUGUCCCAACCCGCGAUGAACUCGAGAUUCCCUUCGUUAAGACGCCUCAACUCGACCGAACCCUACCGACACAGGUCCCUACCUGCUGAACCCUCACCUGGCUCCGACCGCGCCAGCAGUGAGAUCACCUUCGCGGUGCUGUACGAUGAUGGCCCCGACUAUCACGUCGGCCACUAUGACGAGGAGGGAUCAAUGCAGACGGCUCGAAAUGGACGCGAUUCCAUGAACUCAUAUGCUCCUUCUUUCCGCACUCGCGACUCGAGGCUGGUUAGUGACGACAACUACCUCGAACGAAACCCCGACUUCGUUGCCAACCAGAGGUUGCUGGCCGAAGGCUACCUCAAUAGUAAUGAGUCGUAUUAUGAGCAGUCCGUACCACGUUAUCCAACUCAGUCGGAAGAGACACUCGCUAUGAACACACUGUACAACGCUUACGGUCGCGACGAGAAGCGACCCCUUUCGCAACAGAUGACUCCACCCAUGGACCGUGCUCAGAGCAAACAUUCCCACGAGUCUUGGUGCACUUGCGACGAAGAUCACGGUCAUGGCCACGGGCUGGAGAUGUCGGACAAGAAGGAUCCGUCCAAGUUUGACCUCGAGGCCCAGAAUGCUCCCCCGACACCUACUCCAUUCUUGUCCAAGGAGAAGGGUCCGGGAGGUCCAGGAGGCCCCGGAGGGCCAGGAGGGCCACCGGGCGAUGAUAAUCCCUACAAGGUCCAGUUUGAAGGUCCGAACGAUCCCCUCAACCCGAAGAAUUGGCCUUCGAAGCAGAAGUGGGCGGUGACUGGCCUUACCGCGUCCUUCACCUUCCUCUCCCCCUUGGCUUCGUCCAUGGUUGCCCCCGCCAUCCCACAAAUCGCACGAGACUUCAGCAUUAGCAACUCGAUCGAGCAACAGAUCGUCCUUUCCAUUUUCGUCUUGGCAUAUGCCAUUGGUCCCAUGUUCUUGGGUCCUCUGUCCGAAUUAUAUGGUCGCGUCAUCGUUCUACAGUCCUCCAACAUUAUCUUCCUGGCGUUCAACACCGCCUGUGGGUUUGCCCAGUCAAAGGAGCAACUAAUGGCUUUCCGUUUCUUGUCCGGUCUCGGUGGCUCUGCUCCUCUCGCCAUUGGUGGUGGUGUUCUGGGCGAUCUCUUCAAACCCGAAGAACGUGGAAAGGCCAUGGGUAUCUACGCCAUGGGGCCUCUUCUCGGCCCUGCUAUUGGCCCCGUCGUCGGUGCUUGGGUCGCUGAGAAGUCGACAUGGCGAUGGAUGUUCUACGCAAGCUCCAUUGUCAACCUGUUUAUUCUCUUCGGUGGUUUCUGGAAACUUAAAGAAACCUAUGCACCUUAUAUUCUCCACAAGAAGGCCAAACUCCUCCGUACACGGAGUGGCGACAACAGAUAUCGCGCCGACGGGGAAGGGGAGGUUGACCAGCCCAUCUGGAAGAAGAUUGCCAAGACCAUGGGUCGAUCUUUCGGCAUGCUGUUCACCCAGCCCAUUGUUCAAGUCCUGGCUCUGUAUAUGGCUUUCUCCUACGGUAUCCUUUACUUGGCCUUGUCAACAUACUUUGAGCUUUUCUUGACCGUGUACCAUGAGAGUGUCGGUAUCUCCGGUCUCAACUACCUGUCCCUGGGUCUUGGUUUCUUUAUCGGUGCCCCGGUCUGCGGAAAGUCGGGCGACAAGAUCUACCAGAAACUCAAAGCCAAAGACCCUCGUGGCAGAGGAAAACCCGAGUUUCGCAUGCCGCUUGUUGUUCCCUUUUCGCUUUUCGUACCGACCGGCCUCCUCGUGUACGGAUGGUCGGCUCAAAACGUGACUCAUUGGAUUGUCCCAAACAUUGGCGCCUUUCUGUUCGGCAUUGGUACGAUCGCGGCCUUUCAAUGUGUAACCACCUAUCUCGUCGACUCGUACGGUCCUCUGGCAGCGUCCGCUGUAGCUGCAGUCACCAUCCUCCGGUCUCUGGCUGGUUUCGGUUUCCCACUGUUUGCCCCUGCCAUGUACAAGGCUCUCGAUUACGGCUGGGGUAACACCGUCCUGGCCCUUGCUGCCAUUGGGAUCGGUACUCCAAUUCCCAUUAUGCUAUGGCUCUUUGGUGAGAAGCUCAGAAAGCGAAGCAGCCUCACCAUGAAAGGUCCUCCUCCUGGGAAGGGCGGUCCUGGAGGCCCCGGAGGCAAGGGCCCCGGUGGUCCAGGAGGUCCUCCGGGAGGUCCGAUGAAGGGACCGGGUGGUCCUGGGGGUCCUGGGGGUCCUGGGGGCCCUGGAAUGGGCCCAGGAGGUAUCCCAAGCGGGCCUCCCCCUCCUUUCCCCGGCGGUCCCUCCAAUGGUCCACCUGGAAAGCACUAA